UUUGGAUGUCUGCUCAAAGAGAGCAGGGACUAUAGUCUGAUACAGACAACUCUGAUGAGUCCCGAUUGGACAUGGGCAAGGAGAUAUCCUCAGCUGGCAGUGGGAUGAUGUCACGCUAAUACACAACGAGGAGCUUCUGCGAGAGUUCUCUGAAAAAAGAUCUGAAAUGCGUUUAAAGGAUAGACACGUCAGAGAAAUGGAGGAGAGGUUCUGUUUUUUAGUCACCUCUGACCAAAAAGCUAAGCAAAUGUAUCAACACGGACUGAAGGUUGAGAACACGGAUCAACACUCUCUGGGAAACCCGUCAUAUGGAGUCUAUUUGCACAGGCACGCUGAUGUGGCCCUGAAAAAUAUCAGCAGCAACACCCCUGCUGGAAUAAUCCUCAUCAUUUUCAAGGUUCUCUUUGGCAAGGUGAAAAAAGUACAUCCAUGUUAUGGAAGGAACAGCACACAUGAUCCAACGGUGAAUUACGAUUGUCACGUGUCCAAAGACCCCGCUGUCCCGAGGGACAGCUUGUCUCAGCAAGUUUUGAGCUCGUCGGUGUUCCUGUUUGACUACAAUGAAAACCAGGAGCUAAAACAGAGACCAAGGCAAUGUUUGCCAUAUGCUAUGGUUUCAUUGGUUCCUUCUGUAAAUUCUUCUCCGACUAGCACUCUAGUUCCAUCUGUAAAACUGGGGCCAAAGACAAAGGAUUCAGCAGCAUGUUUGGAGACCUGCACCGUGGCUCAAAGAGUGGGUAGAGGUCAGAAUGCGACUGUGACAUUCAAACAUUUUGGGACAACUGAAAGUCCAUUGCCUGGAUACAGAUCUCAGGGAUUUGGAACAAACCCCCCAUUUCAAAGAGGUGAUCAACAUAACUUCCAAAACAUUACAUCAAUCCCAAACCAAUUGUAUCACGAUGGAAGUGACCAACCCCCACCGCCUCCACUACACAUUAGUCCCUGCGACCAGCCCCCACCGCCUCCAUUACACAUUAGUGCCUGCGACCAGCCCCCACCACCUCCACCGCCCUUUAGUCCCUGCGACCAGUCCCCACCGCCCAUUAGUCCCUGCGACCAACCUCCAACACCCUUUAGUUCCUGUGUCCAACUUCUACCACCUUUUAGUUCCUGUGUCAAGCCCCCACCGCCUCCACUACUCUUUAGUUCCUGUGUCCAACUUCCACCACUUUUUAGUUCCUUUGUCCAACCCACCCUGUCUCCAUCACCCUUUAGUCCCUGCGACCAGCCCCCACCACCCUUUAGUUCCUGGGCUCCUCCUUUACCACAACCAUUCACUGGUUCAAUUACCUUCUUGGAAGACAAUGGACAGGUUACUGACCCUAUACAUUUACAGAUCCCAAGCCAUGCUGGAACAGCUCAAUUUGACCAUAAUAAACCCCACUUAGGUAACCAAGUUCAGUCUUGUCAACAAGUUUCGAACACCCUGUCCACGAACCAGGAUAACUUCUGGCGACAGUCUACAUCUGCAACAGGUGCAUUGGAACCAGUCUCUACUAUAGUUUAUUCUUCACGUGUGAUUAAGGAUCCCAGAUUGUCGGCUCGAGAAACUAACAACAUGCAGAGAUCGAUUUCAAUGGAGUCAGAGAGCGGUCAACAAACAGGUACCUCUGUCUGCAUAUUGACCGUGAAGCCAGAGCAUAAGAAUCUCCAAAAUGUACCAAAACAGGAGAAAAAUCUCAGGGAAACUGGAAAAAAGAAUGAUCCAAAACCAUGCCAGCCUGAUACACCAAUAGAUUGUUCUACUGCUACUUUGGUGAAUAUUUCAGCUCCAUCCUCUGUGAUACCUACAACUGAGAAUCAGCCAUCGUCUAGAAUGCUUAAAAUGAAGUUCCAGAAGUAUUCUCCAUAUUUUUAUCUGACCAAAGAGGAGAGGAAGGCAAAAAUUGGUUCUCUACAACAUCUGUCAUUUGAUGAGAAAAAGACAUUAUUAGAGAGAACCAAUUUUUAUGCGACUUAUUUUCAGAAGUCCAGGUGUCUACUCAAUCAAAAUGACAAGGUCACCACAGUCGACCCUGGGCAGCUAUGUAAACCAGGAAGUAUAAAAAGAUGCUUGUCCAGCACAGACUCAGUGGAGAUGUGCAACAGUCCUCAAAAGACUCAUGAGGACAGCGGUGCAUACUUGCAGCAGCAGGUGAGACAACAUAAUCUGCCCCAGUACACCACAAAUGGUGAUCAGAGAUCAAAACCUAUCCCAGAAAUGUCAGCCCAUAAUCCAUCAAUUGUCUGUGGGGCUGUGGAGGAAAACGUGGCCCUCCAACUUGAGAGGAACACAGGCAAUAUGGAACCAGAGGACAUGAACCUUUGCAGCCCAGAACCCACCACUACAUGUCUCACAGAAACAGAAGAGGAUGCGCACAAAGUUACUGUGGAACCACAAGAUGAAAUGGCAAUGAAAAAUGACUCACCGAUUCCAUUCCAUCCCCAGGCUGUCAACCAAACUGCAACCUCUGAAAGCCGGCAGGACACAGAGGUGAGGUCCAAUCUUAACUCAGCAACAGAGGAAAAACCUCAGGAUGCUCUAAAUGUAAACUCUAAUGCAAGCAAGCAGAACACAGAGGCAAGCUCCAAACCAAAUUCCAUAAGAGAUGAAAAAAAUCUAAACAUUGUACCUGAAAUCGCUGAGGGAAACAGAGAGAGCAGAGAACUGAAGUGUGAACCAAUCUUAGCAGAGAAAAAACAAACAAAUGCUGUAAGUUCAGUGGAUGACACAAUGGCGAACAAAAAUCCCUCAGAACCAAAGUGUCCAGUCAUUUAUGAGAGCCAUACUGAUAUCAUGGAUGCUUGUGAAGAGGUUUGUGGUAUGGAAACAUCAGAGGAAGUUAUGAGUGUCAAGGUCUUCUGUCCUGGAGUUAUGUCAAGGCAAAAUCAUGAAAGGCUUUUACAGAAAGACAGAGAAUGUUAUGGAAUUGGCCAACAUCAACAAAAUGAAUCCAAUACAUUUUCUACCUGUGAUAACUUAGCUGAUAAUACUGAGGAAUGUCAGGCUGAUGAUUCAAAAGCCAAAGAUACAGUCUACAGUUUCCUGUAUAACAGGCUGCAACUCAGUGAGCUCUUUCUUUCACCUAAUCAGCAUGGAUCAUGCUCAAUUUCUGGUAAACAUUACCUUAAACCAAAAUGCAAAGACAGUCCUAUGGACACCAAUAAAUCACUCCUUCCGCCCUGCAACCCAAACCAAGUAGACAUCGGAGAGGGAUGUAACCUUCGCAUCACAAUAAACGCUGAUAGAGAAUUGUCCGCUGUCACGGAAUCACCCUCUCUGUCCAAGAGAUUUUCAGUGUCAGAAUGUCCUCAAGGAACUCAAGCCUCACCAACUGUACAGGAAAAUGAAACGUUUAGCAACAACAGCAUUAUCAGUGAAAACACACCCAUUGACAGUGUUCUGAAAACAUCCACCUACUACACCACCUUCAACAGAGCACAUGCCCGCAAUGCCAAAUUAAUCAAAAUGAUGGCAGAGAAAUACAAAGGGAAGGAAAAUGCGUCAGUGAGGAUAACGAGAAAUCAUCAACAUUCAAGAGUGAAGAAGAAAUCGAUUGUUGAAAAAUCCACCACUGACAUUCCAUACUCAGAAAUAUCAAGAGCAUCCCAUAAAGCCAUUACAGGUCAUAUGCAGAUGCCAUUUAUGCAGAGGGAAAAAGACUGUCUGAAUGUUUCCCACAAAAACUUGAAACGCAAAACCUUUUCCCCCAAUAAGGUCACAAGAAAUGCCAGAGAGAACAAACACAAAUCAUGUUUUACAUUUAAAUCAAAGGUUGCAGCUCACAAAAUUUCAGACGUCUUAAAGACCUCAACGCGAGUUCCCAUAAAAUCAAAAAAAAGCACUAUCCUGAAGAUGAUAAUAGAUUUUAGGAGAAAAAAACGUUGGGGGACAUUCAAUCACAACAGAAUGUACAGUCAAAGGAAUGUGUGCAAUGCUCUUGCAAAGUAUAUUACUUCCAGCCCAACGUCAGAUGAUAAUAAACGUCUGAGAGGUAAUCGUUUCGAGAAGAAACAUCUGAAGACACCAACGAGAGAGUUAGAAACAAAUAUGUCUAUGAGAGAUGGAAAUGAAAAGAUCAACGAGGAAAAGCAGAUCGCUGAUGCUGUUGACACAACCUUAACUUCGUCGACCAUAGAGAUAGUCAAUGAAGCGGCUGCAAAAUCUACUUCUGGGAGCACUGCGAGCAACUUUGUGGAAGACAUUCAACACAUUGAGGAAGUAAAGGAUCUAUCUAAAAGCAGAACUUGCAACGAAGGCAAGCCACAUGACACAGAAACAUCUCAGGAAACCCAGAGCAAUUGCACUUCCCUUCAGAACAAAAUACCUCCACCGAAAUGCACCAAUACCGUGGCUAUAAAUCAAGACAAUGAGGGAAUAACUGAGUUUAAAAAACACGAGGUGGAUCUGCUGAAAGAAAAGGCAUUACAAGCUCAUACGCACUCUAUAAAAGAGGUGGAAGAGGCCAACAGUGAUAUGGCGCCUGCUAAAGAGAUAAUUUCAGGUUCUGAGAACAUGGAGUUUCCCUUAGAUGCUGCCAUCAAGAUUCUUUGCGGCAGUGAGUUAAAUUCAAACACACCCAAACCACAGGAAGAGAUCGCUUGGGUGUUGCAGCACAAGUAUGGUAAAAUGGAGACAGAGAAAGCAGACACAUCAGAUAGAACACAUUACUGCAACCCACUGGAACAAGAAGACACACCCUCCAAGGAAGUGAAACUCAUCACUAGAUUAAGAGAUUACUUGACAAAUUUUGAGUCCAUAGUUAGGAACCCCGAGCCAAAAACAUCAGAUACACUCUGUGAAACUGCAACGAAUUUGCCACAGAUUUGUGAAACUAUGCAGAAUAAUGUCAAUGACCAUAAGGAGAAACCAGUUCACCUGGUUGUCCUUGACAGGGUGGAGUUGCGCAAUCUGAGACCUAAUGCAAUUCCUUUCCCAAUAAAGAUAUGCACUUCGACUAUCAACACAGACAAUGACCUGAUUCAUAGUAAAGAACAGGAACACAAGGAGAAAACAAGAGGGAACAAAACAAAUUAUUACAGCAUUCCUUGCAUUAGCCCUGAUAGUACUUCCAUGUUGGAAGUCCCUGAAAAGUCCACUCAAACUCCUAUGGACAAGAAUACAACUGAAGCAGAAAUCUCCACAAGUGUGCCUGACAUUAACCAUGGAAUUACAAUUGCAGAAAAGUAUGCCUCAAGAGAACAGCAAAGACAGGCAAAUUGCACUAUUGAUGCAAACAACAUGAUCAUGCUCAAAGCACUAGCAGAAAUAGAACCAGAGAAUUCUGAAUUUUGUCAAACAAAAGAAAACACCAACCAGAAGCCAACAAGCCACAUUGUAAGGUUGAACACUAAGACUUUUCAUAGAAACUUCAGUGUAGCUGAUAUCUCAAAUGCACUAAAGCAUGGAGACAAAGUAGCUUCCUUGGCCGAACUUUGCCCGUUGCGAACUGAAUGCAAAGUCAUGAUGCAGUACUUCAUCUUAAACUUUGAGGAAAAACAGAAUGUUGAGGUCAAUAGAACUAUCGUCUCAAGAGAUCAGAUUUUAGAGCGAUAUCUGGACCGUCCUCCUGUACCAAUGGAACUGAAGUACGAGGCGUUGAAUUCUUUCCUGGAACUGCAGAUAAUGAUGGAGGCCUGGCAAUUUGUAGAUAACAAGAUGCGAUUUUUGAGUGGACAAUCUACAUUUAGGAGUCUGCUCUGGUACGAUCCCACUCUGUAUGGGGAACUCUUUAAAGGGAAAGUGGGAUUUCAGCAACAGUCCUCUUUAUAUUCAUCUUUCCAACAAAGCCUCAUCAACGAAGGCCCAAUUGCAUUGCAGAGGUACCAUUUAGCUGUCUCUACAUUGAAUGAACAGCUGAAAAGGGCCCCAGAAAUGUCUUACUACAUGUAUCUCAAAAGCAAAAGAGAGAGGCUGGAGAUUGAGGCUGCAUUACGAAAUCCCUCAGACAUAGAGAGUUUCUUCCUCUCUGUACCACUGUCUUGCAUGGUCAAUUUUGGCGACAGUGUGGAAAGUUUACAGAGGGUCCAGAGGCUUGUGACGACUUUCACAGAGACUCCUGCAGACAAAUUAGAAGACGGAUUCGAUGUUGGAAAGGCUGAGCACCUUGCCAUGGUGUUCCGAUUUCUUCAGGAGAAAAUCUACUAUUUGAAAGCUUGCAGCAACACGAUGGUCAGCAAGACGUCUUGGUUUGGCAUGGAACACAUCCUGUAUGACGCUUCGAAGAUGCUGGUGUGGAGGGACACGAAACAGGCUGGGUCAGAUGAGCCGCAGGCGAAAUACAAGAAAGCAAAUCCACAAAUUGUCUAUGGGGUGACUGAAUCUGGUGUCUCACUGUUGCAUACAAGCAUGUCAAAGAGGACCCAGCUCAUGGUUAAGACUGGGACCACAGCACAGAGAUUCAGAGGUCGGAGUCGGGGGAGGCCGCCUAUGGAGAACACUCGCUGUGCUGAGAAGAAAUAUCCUCAACAUGGGUCUUUGCCGAUAAUAGACCUCACAAAAUCCCCUAACAGGGAUAACCCAGAUGUAUACCAUUGGGCCAAACCACCAAGCAACCCUGCAGCCCAUUUCCAGGCUUGGACACACCAAGAAAACCUUGUCAAGAGCCAGGUAGUAGACUGGGGUGAAAGGUCACAUGAUACGCAAGCCAUGGAGAGGAAUAUCCCUGCAUCUUCCUUAUCCCGACCUGUGCCAACAUACCCUGAAAUCAGGGCCUGUCUAAGGACUAGUAAAAGUGGGACAGUGCCAAACUCACAGAUCCAGUUACCUGCCUCAAUGGGAGGGGUGGGAAGUAAAUCAGAUGGGAGGCAGCAGUGGGCCGUGAGCUGGAUUCCCCAUAACCUCCAGAACAUCCAGAACAUCACAGGAAGUGAUCUGAGGCCAAUGCAUCCUCUGUGGAUUGGUGUUGGGGACAAUGGUCAUCCCCCCAUCGUGGAGCCUGUCCUCUUAGAGCAAACUAAUCCGUCUUCCUGGUCUAGUCUGCCUUCUUCUCCUCCUCCAUCUGUACCAGCAGGAAAUACAGCACAACAAUCUCUGCACUCCCUCCCAGCUCUCGCUACCACUACAAAUAAUUUCCCUCCCAUAUGUGAGCCCCUUCCUAUAAAUUACCCAUUUUUCCUCCUGAAUGGUCAGACCUAUUCCACUGCCAAUCCUGAAUUAUCCACAGCAACUCUUGAUAACAGAGGGAGAUUUCCUCCCUAUGUAGAGUAGUGCUGCUUCUUUAUCAACUUUUAUGGAACAGGUUUAUAAAGCAAAUAAGGACCUUUUGAAAAUAAGGAAGUGCUGGUGUUUCCGUGUUUAAAUACUGAACUGGAUCAGGAAACAAAUAUCAGUCAAAAAAGAAGGAACUCGAAGGGGAGUUGGAAACAAAAGGAUUUGAGUUAAUUUAUUUKAUGUUGAAUUCACUAUUUUAAGUUAAUUUAAUUAGUUUCAUGUUUGUUGUACUUUUUUUUAUUGUUGUAACAAUUUAUUUUGUAUAUAAUCUUAAACACGUUGUCAAUUGCUGAUAAGCAAUAUCUGAUUGAAAGUGUCCUAUUUUCUGACCAAAAUUAAUUGUAUAAAGUGUUGUUAACUUAUUCCUCAAAGUGGAUUAUAUUGUUAUUUUGUAAUAUCGAAUUGUAAAUAAUAUUAUUUAAGUGUUUUGUUGAAUUUUAAAGACUGCUUUUGGUUAUUAGCUUGUUUGUUUUACUCAGGAUUUUUGUGCUUGUCAUGUUUUGGCUACUGCUUGAGGCUUUGUUUUGUAUUUAAGUGUCACAUUGGCAAACUUAACCCUUAAUAACUAUUUCACCAGCAGAAUUGUUUUGUUGUUGUGUAGGUUAACUGUCAAAUAAAAUAUAUUUGGACAAAUCCAUUAAA